AUGGCCACACAUUAUAUUGAUAAUGCAAGUAGUGGCAGUCAAUAUUAUUUUAAUACUAAUAAUGCUACUACUUCACAAUCAUCUCGAAAUUAUUCAUCGCCUGUAGGAAACUAUUCUUCAUAUCCUGUUGGUAUUUCAAGUUCAUCAAAUCAACAAAUUCGUUAUGAUGAUUCAUAUCAUACACCUCAACAAUAUCAAUCAGUAGGUGGAUUUAAUAAAAAUCUAACUCAACAUCAUUAUCAAACAUCUCAAUCAUUAACACCUCAAGUUCGGGCUACUGCACGAGCAGUUAAUAAUCAAGAUUUAUAUCAAUUACAACGUUCACCACAACCAACAUCAGUAUCACCUCAACAUCAUCAUUUUCAAUUUGAUAAUCGUCAACAACCAGGACAUCCAACAGGUCCUGCAGUAGUUUAUCAAACACCAGGUGCAGCUCAAUAUACACAUCAUAAUGUUGAUCUAUGGACUGAAGGCCCAACUCAAGUUCAUGAUCAUCUUGCACAGGCACAACGAGUAUCAGUUCGAUCUGUAUCAACUGGUUCUCCUCAACAAUCUCAUUCAAUUUCUCCUCAACGACAUCAAGAUCAUUUACAACAAUACUAUAGUCAAUUGACACCGGAACAACAUCAACAAUUGUUACGUCAGCAACAAAUUCAAAGACAACAAGAACAACAUUCUCAUCAUGAGCAGCAACAUCGAGUUACUGCUCAACAAGUAUCUCCAUCACCUACUUAUCAACAAGAACAACAUCAUCGUUCAACAAGUGGCUUCGAUGGAGGACAACAUUAUCAACAAAUACAUGUUCAAUCAGAAUCCGAACGACAACGUCAAGAUGAACAGGCUUAUAAUGUGGCUCACCGUCAAAUGUCUGCACAACGUGUUCAACAACAACAAGGAGAACAAUUAUCACAUCCAGUUGGAAUACGAAGUCUUAUGAGUAAAUUUACUGGACCAGCACCCAUUCAACAAUAUCAUACAAGAUCAAAAUCAACAUCAGGAUCAGGAUCAACAUCAUCUCGACAUUAUUCAACUUCAACUCAUACAACAAAUCUUGGUCCACGUCAAACAACAACAACACGUACAUUAACAACACAUUCAAUGACAUAUUCAGCAUUACCUAAACCACAUGAACCACCUGUGAAUAGUCUUGAAUAUUAUCAAAUGCAAAUGCAACAACAAGGUGGAAGUCCAUUUACAAAUAUACAACAAGCAGCUGCACCAGCACAUAUUCAACAUACUCCAACUGGUUUUGGUGCAUUACGUGAUCGAUUUAAAAGAGGAUCAAUUCCAGAUGAAUUUAAUCAACCACAAAUUAUACAUCGACAACAACAACAACAACAACAACAACAACAACAACAACAAUCAACAUCAAUGACAAAUGGUGGAAAUAAUUUAUCAUCAUUACGUGAUCAUUAUAUGAGUCAAGCAAAACAAGCAACAUAUAAUGGAUUACCUACACAACAAGUUCAACAUAUUUCACGAACAAUCAUUGGAGAAGAUACACCUCAACAAAAACAACAACAACAGCAAAAAUUAAUACAACAAGGUCCUCUUCAACAGCAACAAGCAUAUACUCCACAGGUUUUUGUUCAACAACAACCAGCACCUGUAGCACAAGUUUUUCCUCAACCACAGCACCAACCUGCACCGCAAAUUCCUCAACAACAACAACCACCACCGACACCGCAAGCUCCUCAACAACAACAAUCCCCAUCUGCAACAGAAACUCCUAAACAACAAUCACCACCUACUACAGAAACACCUAACAAAGAACAAUCGGAAACAAACAAUGAAAUCGUUGAUCAAAAAGUACCAUCAUCUGAAGUCAAGUCUCCUGCUACACUUGAUGCUGCAAAAGCUUAA